UAUACUUAUCUUCAUAGUUAUCGUUCUUGGUGUGAAAGGAAAGUGGUUGAUUACGAGUUUACGUAUGAGGCAUUUGUUGAUGUCUUUGGAUGUGUGUGCGGUUGGCAGCUGUUCGCUCAGGGCUGUCUGAGGACUCUGUGUGUGGCGGUGCGCUCGGUUCCUGAAGCCCUGUGGACGGAGUGGAGCCGCACCCUCAGUCAAGUGGGCACAUCCACAGGAGACCAGGAGACCGCGCUCGAAGAGAUAUAUGAUCAAAUGGAAAAAGACUUAACGCUGUUGGGCGUGACUGCCAUUGAGGAUCGUCUCCAGGAAGGUGUCCCUGAGACCAUCGCCACCCUGCGGAGGGCGGGUCUGAAGGUGUGGGUGCUGACAGGAGACAAAACAGAAACGGCUGUGAAUGUGGGAUAUGCCUGCAAACUUAUGGAUCCAGACACGACCCUAAUCCAAGGGGAGGAACUUAGGCAGCUUCUAGAGUCUCCUUCUCCAGAAGUCAAGUCUAAAGAGCCGGAGGUUUGGAUCACAAGCAGAAAAGCAGUGAAGAGCAAAGCAGCACUAGUAAUUUCGGGUCCUGAACUGGCAGAAUUGACCAGAGAGCCAGAAUGGGGGGCAAAGUUUGUUGCUCUGUCCGAUCAGUGCCAGUCUGUAUUGUGCUGUCGUGUCACACCGGCGCAAAAAGCGGAAGUGGUGGAGAUGGUCAGGAAGUAUUCAACUUCGAUUACAAUGGCGAUAGGCGAUGGUGCCAACGAUGUCAACAUGAUCAAGACGGCACAUAUAGGCGUUGGUCUUUGUGGCAUGGAGGGCAGUCAGGCGGUGCAGAAUGCAGAUUUCGCUCUGGCUCAGUUCAGCUUCCUUCGCAGGCUGCUGCUGGUACACGGGCACUGGUCAUACUACCGCAUCUGCAUCCUUCUGCGCUAUUUCCUCUACAAAACCACUGCUUUUGCUCUGGUGCACAUUUGGUAUAGUUUCUACAAUGGCUUCAGCGCUCAGCCUAUGUAUGAGAGCUGGUUUAUUAGCCUCUACACAACACUGUACACAUCCCUUCCUAUACAGUGCAUGGGUUUUUUUGAACAGGAUGUGAGCGCUAAGAGUUGUCUGUGUUGGCCUGAGAUCUACUCGAUUGGACAGAAGAAGCAGCUGUUCAAUCCUUUAGUUCUGGCCAUCACGCUCCUAUACUCGGUCUACACCUCCAUCAUCCUGUUCUUCAUCCCUAUGGGAAUAUUACAGUACUUUGCUCUCGAUUAUCAGACUUUAGCCGUAACGAUUCAAACAUCUGUAGUGCUCACCAUGACUGUUGAGGUUAUUCUACAUACAAAAUUCUGGACCAAGUACAGCGUUGCAGCAGUUGUUUUUAGUUUGGUGGCAUUCUUUCUGUCCACGCUGGCUCUCCAUAGCGCUCGGCUCUUCACCGCCUCACCCAAAGACUACUUUUUUCUGGGAGCAUCACCAAACGCUUACAGUACCCCUGAGAUUUGGCUGACCAUAUGUGUGACCACCUGUAUUGCUGUCCUUCCCUCAAUAACAAUACGGGCCUUAGGUGUUGUGCUAGCAAACCCCAACAAACAUAAGAUCCGCAGCUCGAAUGAGCCUGUCGAGCUGAAGUCGUGGUUUCAGAGAGGUACCCUUCAGCGUCGUUCGUCCUAUGCGAUGUCCCAAGGAAAAGGUUUUGGAAAGUUAAUCACCACAGGAGUUGGGCUUCCCUCUACGGCACCCCCACAGGACAGGAGAGUUACGGCAGACAGUCUGAAGAAAGAAUCUCCACAGGGUUCACUUAUAGAAAUGAAUAGUGGUGAUGUGGCAUGCUAGCAUCUUCAGUGUGUUUUGUCAUGCGCUGAAAAUGUGAUAUAAGUAGCAAAUAUUUUAACUAAAAAAGUCCAGAAACCAAGGGAUUUUGGUGCAUUUCUAAAAUGGAGGCCCAGAACACACCUAAUCUAAUUGAUGGUGACUAUUUUGCCAAUACUUAAUGUUAUGGGGAGG